UUGGCUUACACCAGCAGUGGUAUAAAAGGCUGUGCCUGUAGAGCAGAUCAGACUCAACUCACAGACCAAGAGCAAGCUGCUCCCUGACACAGAGCAGUAUCAGCACUACAUCACAUUUUGCAAGACGAAAGCUUAUAAUUACUACAGCAUGAAGCAGAGAAGACUGCUAUUAUCCGUGGCUCCUUUGCCCACAAUAACAGAGACGCACGAGGAUGCUUCACAGCCGGGAUGCUCCACACAGUCUAUGGAGGAAUAUGUGGACUCCAUUAAAAAGCUGGCUCAGCCUGCAUACGGCCCUGUGCGGGUUGUGAGGACUCUGAGGCCUCGUCUCUUUUCCAAGCCUCUGGAAAAACAUUUGGGAAGUAGCAGCCCACUUCACUGCUCCUACAGGACCCCACGCUCACGUGUAAACACGCUGAGUCUAGACGAGCUUGCACACAGUUUCAGCAGCCACAGAGACCCAGUGGACUGGCUCUUUGCACAAACACAGUUACCUGUACCUCGCGAUGAGCUGCGCAGGACUGACAGUGCACCAGCUGCCCUGAGGUUACUGUAAUAAUCUACACACAACGGAACAGUGUUGCACUGGACUGAGAAACGAUACACUAAAGGACGUUGGAUGCAGACAUAAUAAUAGCAUAAUUUAUUUGUGUGCGCGUGUGUGUGUGCAUGUGUGUGUGAAUUUGUAUUUAAAUAUACACUGGAUGUUUUUAAUAAAGUCUGAAAUUUUGGAAA